GCCAUCCUGUACUGAACCAUGUCCUGGGCUGCCCUCCUCCUCUCUCUCACCUCUCUCUGCACAUAUUCGGCCGCCCAAGUCUCACUAACACAGCCGGUGUCUGAAUCAGUGAAGCCGGGGGAGACAGUGAGAAUCUCCUGCACACUCAGUGGUUACAGCAUCAGUGAUCGCAAUGUGUACUGGUUCCAACAGAAAUCAGGGAAUCGCCCCAGAUACUUACUGUGGUUUGAUUCAGACUCUAACAAACACCAGGGAGCUGGGGUGCCUGAUCGGUUCUCUGGAUCCAAAGAUUCCCCUAAUAAUGUUGGCUAUUUAACCAUUAGAGGAGCCUUACUAGAAGAUGAUGCAGAUUAUCACUGUGCUAUAUGGCAUUCUCCAUCCAAGACGUUGCACAGUGGUGUAUUGCUGUGA